AUGGAACUUCGCCCUUACUCUGAAAUAGUCAAAAAUGCAUUCAACACAGAAAACUACCCGACGAAAACAUCCAGCGAACAGCUGAACACGGAGAAGCUCGUCCUGAGAAAAUAUUUCGAAGCCAGCGAUUCAUCGAAAAACAACCUCCAACACCCGGAACUCCUCAAAGAUAAACACAGACAGUAUUUAAUCAAUAGUACUUACAAACUUUCCUCUGUUUACGAAGUCUUAGACGCUAGUCAACCAUGGUUGUGCUAUUGGAUAACGCACGCCUUGUCCUUAUUAGGUAUCCAGUUAGAGAACACAAGGAAGAGAGCGAUGGCUAGAUUUUUAGCAAAAUGCCAGAGUCCGGAUGGCGGGUUCGGAGGCGGCCCCGGACAAACUCCCCAUUUAGCCACCACUUAUGCAGCCGUAAAUGCCUUAGUAAUUUUAGGUACCGAAGAAGCUUACAACGUAAUUAAUAGAAAGAAAUUACUGGAGUUUUUGUGGCGUUUGAGACAACCCGAUGGCUCAUUUGAAAUGCACGAAGGCGGCGAAGCAGACGUUAGGGGCGUUUAUUGCGCAUUAUCCAUCGCCAGUUUGGCUGGGGUAAUGAAUGACUCGGCCUUGUUCGAAAACAGCGCGGAGUGGGUGGUCAGUUGUCAAACUUACGAGGGUGGUUUCUCGGGGUGCCCGGGAAUGGAAGCGCACGGAGGGUACACGUUCUGCGGAUUGGCUGCCUUGGUAAUUUUGAACAAGAGCCACUUGGUAGAUGAGAAAGCUUUAUUGAGAUGGUUGGUGUUCAAACAAAUGAAAUUAGAAGGGGGUUUUCAAGGUAGAACAAACAAAUUAACAGAUGGGUGUUACUCGUUUUGGCAAGGAGCUGCGUUUCCUUUGAUUUACUCUAUCCUACAUACUGCUGGACAUACACCAAAAACCCAUCUAUUUAGCAGUAGCGCUCUGCAGGAAUACCUUCUAGUGUGCUGUCAAAAUUCAAACGGGGGUCUCGUGGAUAAACCGGGCAAAAACAGAGAUCUCUAUCAUACUUGUUACACGUUAAGCGGACUGUCUGUGGCCCAACAUUUUCUCGAUAAGAUCUGCUUGUUGGGGCACAAAGGAAAUCAAGUGAUGCCCACACACCCUUUAUAUAAUAUUAGGCCUGAUCACGUUCGCAAGGCUUUGCUGUACUUCAGCCAAUUCCAAUUCCCACGUUCACCUACUGACGAGACCGAACGCACUUGA